AUGUAUCACGACCCUUCUGCGCGUUCCCCUGGCUCCCAGCGUCACCAACAACCCCUUCACCGUCAGCCCUCGCGCCAGUUUGACGCCUACGGUGCUAUGCCUGUUAGCUUGUACGACGAACACCCCCAGAUGGCCCGCUACGACACCCCCCGGCUGGAACGGUUGAAUGCUCCGAUGCACAACAAUUCUUACGCCUAUGACAUUUCUGGUUCUCAGACCUGGAACCCGAACGGUUUCUCCAACUCCCAAUCCCUGGGUGGUAUCCGUUCGGCUUCCGCCAGCCUGAAGCCCACCUCCCGUGGUCGUGCCGGUCUCCCCACGACUUGGCUGGAUCAGCAACCUGGUAUGCCCGGCGCCUUUUCCAACCUCGGCCCUGGACCCAUCCAGAGCACUGCGAUGCGACCGGAACCAUCGGCUUCGUCCGAUGGAGAUGACGAACUGAUCCCAACCGCCAUCGUCAUCAAAAACAUCCCUUUUGCCGUCAAGAAGGAGCAGUUGGUUCAGUUGAUGACCGAACUAAGCCUGCCUCUUCCUUAUGCGUUUAACUAUCACUUUGAUAACGGGGUUUUCCGUGGCUUGGCUUUUGCAAACUUUACCUCUGCCGAAGAGACUGCCACUGUGAUUGAGGUUCUUAACCACUUUGAACUGCAAGGCCGGAAAUUGCGCGUGGAAUACAAGAAGAUGUUGCCUUUGCAAGAGCGCGAGCGUAUCGAGCGGGAGAAGCGUGAGCGCCGUGGCCAGCUUGAAGAGCAGCAUCGUCCAAUGGCUUCUGCUCAAUUGCAUACCCAGAGUUCGAUGUCUUCGCUGACCUCGCAUGUCCCGGCUACAUCGCCUUCUCCUGUGUCCCAACGUGGUCAGAAACUAGGUGAGUGGGGCUGUUUACCCUGUCCGAACAGGUUGAUCACUGACGACUUUUUCUCCCAAGAUGUGGAUUUGAAUGAUAGUACCACGUUGAAUUUCUAUUCCCAGCUCCUCUUGUUCAAGGAAGACACUGCCCGCGAUUCCUUCAUCUUCGCAUCCAACUUGACCCCCUCUCAGCGCCGCACGGUUCACACUCUGGCUCACAACAUGGGUUUGGCUCAUGCCUCCCGUGGCAGUGGGGAACAACGCCAGGUUCAAGUAUUCAAGGUUGCAGCAGGUUCCAAUGUGAGCCCUCCCUUGUCGGCUAUCCCCCCUGCUGGCCAAUCCGACAAUGGCCGGCGUGGAUUGAACCGUGCCGCCACCAUUGACUUUAGUGAGGCUCGCAACGAGGGUGCCCCCGGUGCCUUCAACACCCUCCGUGGCCAGACCUCGAGCUUCCUCGGUGUUAUGGACUCUUCUAACAACUCCUACAACACCCAAAACCUCCGCGCAGCUAAGUCGUUCGCCGACUUGCGCUCCUACACCCCUUCCCCGGUGCCCUCUUCCGCGAGCUUCCCCGCUGCUAUGCAGUCCAACGGAGCUCGCUUGCAGUACGACGGUACCUCCACUGGUACCUCGAACACCCCAACUCUUACUUCCGCGCCAUCUGGUUCUUCUCUUGGUGUGCAGCGUGACGAUGGACUGCUUGUCAACAGCCUAGGUGGACUUUCUUUGGGCACUGGUAUCGGUGGCCCUAACGCGAGCCCCCGGAGACUGCGUGGUAUGUUCUCCUGGGAGCAGGACAGCCAACCCUCUGCAGCUGGUACCAUUGGCAGUAAUCGCGGAAUGGGUGUUGGAUUUGACAACGCUCAGCAGGAGCGCAUGCCCGUUCGUCAGCCGCGCGGUCCGACUCCUGACAAGGGUACCGGUUUCCGCCGUCAGAACGGACACCAGGCUCGUGGCAGCGAUGAGCUGCGCGCCCAGUCCGGCGUUGAGAUUAUUGUGGAGUAG